ACCCGAUCGCUUCAGCCCAAGCGGUUACAAAGCUAUGCUAAAGUCUGAGGUAUGCUAGAGAGGAAGUUGAUAGAAGAUUCAUUCGUCAGGCAAAGCAAGAGUUAACCAAAUGGUUUAAUAUGUUCUCGCGAUCACAGGUGAGGCGGUUUGAGUUAAAAUCAUCACAUUAGCGUUUAAGUAAUAGAGCACUUUCCAGACUACGUCUGUACGUGCCGUUGUUAUUGCUUUUGGAUCAGGAACAGCUAAACUUUUUUUAGCUAAGCAAGUCAAUGAAAUACGUGUUUGCGCAUACUUUGAUGUCAGAUGACAGGCAUAUAAUACGAAGCCUAAAGCAAUUUAGGGAAAUCAAAUACUAUAGAGAAAAAAAAUGAAUAUCAACUGUUGCUUUAUUUAGAAUUUUGAUUCGAAUAACCCUGAUUUAAUUAAGAUAAUGUGGUUGUCCGUUGGUCUUUUUUCAAUUGUUUCCAGGCGUCAUGUAUGACACGAAGGAGCCAAUCCAUGUAUAGCAAGAUGAUGUUAUUCGUUCUGUUGAGAAAAAUAUCGUUUUUAUAUUUUCAUUUUGACAAAUGCCGAGAGAAAACGUUCAUAAAUGAAAACAAAAUUAUAGUUUUAAGGUGUCAUUUGUCCCAUUCCUCUAGUGAACUUUAAAUGGUGCUUUCCAGUGGCUUUCUAGUUCUUCUUUUCAGUCAAUUUAAAACAGACGGUAACAAAAUAUACAACCUGCAGUAUUUAAUGGUCUAUUUUAUUUCCAGGUUUUACUGUUCAUAUUUGCGGCCUUUUUUAUCUUCUUCUGCACAAGAACCGAGACUGCAAGUAAGCUUGUUAAAUGAGCUGUUUUAUUCCCCACAAAAUGGCUGCUUGAUCGUCCGAAGCGUCGCCAAAACUCGAGUAGCGUACUGUUUUGUUAUUAUAGCUAUGUUGUUGUCUUCGGCUGUCACUCAUGAUGGUCGCUUAACAAUUCCCGUUUUACUACAAACUAACUUACCGUAGCUACCGUGCGGCACGAAAUUUUUGCUAUUUUUCCAGCGACCCGCAAAUAAAUAUAAUAUUACGGCAAAUAGUUUUCCCGCAAAAAUUUACUCCAGAGUACAGUUGACUCCUGAUAUCUCGAACCUCUCGCUAACUCGAAUCAAAACCGAUUUUCCCUGGAUUUCAGUCAUACAUCUACCGUAAUUUUACCCUUGGUAACUCGAACCUCCCGCUAACUCGAAGUACUUUUUGUUUCCCCUCGGAUCAUUUUUUACCCUCGAUAACUCGAACCAUGUUUUGAGCCCUUAAAAGCACUGUUAAAAGUCGGGAAAGAAAAAAAAAACAGUCUACUGGUGUCCCAAACAUUGAAUUUUGAAUUUCCCAUUGACCUGUUGUAGACAUAUAGUUUACUAUUGGAGGCUGAUGUUGUUUGUCAAAAUCUAACGUAAAGCAGCUUUACUUCUCAAAACGGUAAAACGCAUGCUCUAUUUAGGCAAUGCUAUUUAGGCAAUGCUUUGUUACGUUACGUUACGUUCUGAUUUAAUUUUCACUUGACAUUUGUAUUCUCUAACUUAAAUUCGCUACACAAAAAUACAGUCCUGAGAUGAUCGUGUCUGUUCAAUCACAACUUGUCUCUUUCAUUCAGAAACAAAACGGUAUGCAAUGAAAUAUGUAUUUCUAUUGCACGUACUCAAUAAAAACGAAAACGUUAUCAAUGCUGGAUACUGGGUACUUUCUGAAAAUCGCAAAAAUUACUGCGAUUUUCAUAAACACUUGAAUUCUGAAGUUCAAAAGCCAAUUGACGUUUGCGUUUUUCGCUGCCGUCAAUCAUCUUAGCGCACCUCUUAGGAAACAGAAGUUUACUUCAACGGGUUCAAAAGGUCAUGGUUUGUGAUUGGCGGAUUUCGAUCCGUUUUGUGCUUUCUGUGUUUCAAGGUUCGUUACUUGUGAUCGUUAUUAUGAUUGACGGCAGCGAAAAACGUAAUUGCGAACGUAACCUGAGAUCAGGCUCUAUUUUCGUUUCGCUUUGUAAAUAAGAUUCCGGCGGGCAAGGCGAAACGAAAAGAGAUACAAACCUUCUACGAAACGUCUGCCGCCCACUUUUUUGAUUGAUUGACAUUUGCCGAAUCAGCCAACCAAAAUCACUUCCGUUGUACGUCUUUUUAGUAUGCAAAUUUUUCAUACGUGGGUAGCCUGCGAGCAAGCUCUCCUAUUUGGGCGAGUGAAACGAGUCUCGCGAGAACGCGCGAGCGAGCGGCGAAGCCGCGAGGGGCAGAGGAAAGGAGAGCUUGCAACCAUCCCUUACAAAUUUUCAUUUGUACUUCGCCCAGACGAAGGGAAAUACCAUUGGCUGAAAAAUGACGUUCCGGAAAUCAAAGUUGAUUGAUAACAGGCCAAGCUGGCACCCGCUUCGUCUGUGUGUCAAAUUUGGUUCUCAGGGGGAUCAGAUUGGUAUACCGAGAACUUGUUUCAGCGCUCAAUGCAGACGGGCUCGUUUGUUGUAAUUCUCGCAAAGAGAAUAUUGCGUGCCGAGGAUAAGUCGGACCGAGUUUGUAGUUCUUGUGGAAGGAAAAUGAAAACCCUUCAUCAGUUGUAUUCAUUUGUGUCAAGCGCCUUGUUUAGUUCUGAAAACCGGGAGAGUGAAAGUGAAGAGUGAUUAAAGCGCUGCCUUCCAACAUCGGUUUCUUUGCGCGAUUGAAUUCUACUGAGUAGAAAAAUUCAGAAACAUGUACUUGACAGUGUAGCUGUGUAGCUUGAUCGUAAAGAAGGAAAAGAGAAAGAGUUGGAAGCAACUGGAGUAAACCUUAAGAGAACCAAAAAACACUAUUCUCCAGUUCCAGAAGGACAAAUAUAUGAUGUUUUUGUUGGUGAUUGCGAUAGGGAGUAGUCUUCUACGCUGCAGUAUGGACGACCUUUCAAAAGUAAACGAAACGAGAAUCAAAGUAGUGAGUUCUUAUCCGAGCGGACACGUUGAAGUUCGAUGUCCCCGUGAAAAAAAAAAAAAACAUAUCAGUGAUAUUAAAAACAUUGCUUUAAUGCUGUUGCGAAAGCGAUUUAUAAAUAAAUAAUUCUAGGCGCCCUCGGCUGUCUAAACUUACUUGACAGGCGGUUGUCACUUUUCUAAUCUGCCGCACGUUUGCGGUGACAAUUUUCGCGCUUUGUGGGGUCCCGGGGUUUCCGGGGUGGAAAUGAAAAUUUAUGAGAGAUGGUUGCAAGCUCUCCUUUCCUCGGCCCCUCGCUCGCGCGUUCUCGCGAGGCUCGCUACGCUCGCCCAAAUAGGAGAGCUUGCUCGCAGGCUAUACGUGGGAAGAAAAUUUUCUCUCUUUUUUUUUCAAAUAACAAUAAAACAGUCGCCACAAUCACAUUUAACUCCUUGUGAGAUUCCCCGAGGAGAUCUUGAAGGUUAUUUCUGUUGCCGUAGAAGGUAAAAAGUUUUCGACGCCGGCUAAACGCGCUCGAUUUUUAAAGGAAAAUAAAUUAUCUCAGGUCAAAAUGAUACUGAUAAAAUGAAUUUCGAACCUAUUUUAGCUACAACUAAAAAUAAAGAUAUCGGUUACGAAUACUUUUAACAUUUUUACUUUUCGAUUGUACAUUUUCACAACCUAUUUUAGCUACAACUAAAAACUGAAAUAUCGGGUUAAAAACAUUUCAAACAGUUUUUAAUUUGUGAUUGUACUUUUGCUUUCAGUACCCCUUUAAUAUUUUUCUUGUAUGCACAACCCCACCAGCAAUGCUGAUCUUUACCAAACCAAACCAGUUCUCAAGUGCAUUUAAUUUAGUCCCGUGAGUACACUUUGCAAUUUGGGAAUUUGCUAGAAACAACUGUCUAAAAAAUAUAUUUUUUUAAAAUCUAGGUAUUAAAAAUAUUAACUGCCACUUUGGAAAGAUGUAACGACACUACUAAAACUGCAUGCUCAACUGACCUAUAAACAAAACGAAAAGCAAUAUUACAAAGUAGUUCUCCUUUGUUGUAUUGCUGUUUUACUGCAGGCCUGAAAAGCUCAAUGACUUUAUUUAUCGAAAUUAACAAACAACAAACAGCCAUCUAGGCGAAACGCGAAAGUAAAAAGACAAGUCUGUUACCUUAAGACUAGCAGCACUAGCCUUUAUAAUAAUGCCGACAAAAAUUCCUUGAACAGCGAUGAAAAAAGCAUUUUCUUCGCGGUCAACAACCUGCUGAGGUUUUCAACUCCGCAAUUCACUCAGAUUAGUUCCGUAAAUGGAGCAAAUCCUGAGAAAAUACGUACCACUAUUUGAAUUUUCUGAAUUUCCGUGGCACAUAUAAAGGGAUAUUUUCCUACCACAAGACCGUAAAACAAUAAAAAAAGACAGCAGAUUCCUUCUCUCCACUGACGGAAGAUCAUUCACGAAGGUUUUUCACUGCUAUCAGCCAAGCGAGGAAGAAGCACUUUCAACUUCCGUUGAUUUCGAUCAGAUCCUGUAGCAUUGUUCUAACACCCAAUCAGCGUUGCGGCCAAAAUCUGGCCGCAGUGAGCACAAACGUGAGAGAGUUUGUAUCAGCCCAAUUUUAGCGGGAGCACAUAAGAUGCGCUUUUGAUCACCUAGCAUGUUAAAAAGCGCACUAUAAAUGAAUAAAUUAUUAUUAUUAUUAUUAUUAUUAUUAUUAUUAUUAUUAUUAUUAAGAGAAAAUGUAUGAGAACAGCUGAAAUUGGGCCUGAUCGCAGGUUAUUGUGAAUGCGGCUUUUGAACUUCAGAGUUCGCGUGUUUUUGAGAAGUGCAGUAAUUCCCAGCAAGAAAAACCAAUCUGUUCUAAUCGCAAAAAUUAGUUCCCGCAAAACACAAAAAAUCGCCUAUCCGCAAAAAUAAACUCCUGCAAAAAUUGCGUGUCACACGAGGUAGGGUGCAGAUGAUAUGUGGAAGGUAUGGGGAAAUAACGUAGCAUAGCCUUGACUUCACGCAUGCGCACAGCCAAAUUAAAGAACAUUUACAAAUAACUGGCACGAGUGAUAAAAUUUGCGCGUACGGAAGGACUUGUACGCAAUACUUUCCUUUUUAAUUUGUUUGCUUUCUCCCACCGCCCAACAUGUAACAAACAAGGAACAGUUUAAUUAUAAAUGAAUUUAACCGUGCUAGGUAACAAAGAUCUAAGGCUUAUGGAGAAUACUGACAUGACAGAAUAGUUGAUUUGAAAGAAACCGGAAGCUUCGUUUUAGCCACGCAAAUUUUAAAGUUUCAUCGCACGCCAACAAAUCCUCCUGCUACAACCGUUCAGCUGAGUAUAUUUUAUUACAUCUUUCAGAACAAGGAUGUGAAAAACUACUUCGAAAACUCCAGAAAAAUCCACCGAACAACAACACCAUUGUCGGUAUAAACAUCAAACUUUCCAAGGCAAGAUAUCGGUGUCGUAACGGGUUUAAAUUGGUUGGUCUGAAAAUAAGGAGCUGCAAGAAUGGAAAAUGGAAGGAAAAGCAGGAACCUCGGUGUUUAGGUAUUGUUCAUUGGUAGUCAAAUAGAGCGAGCAUUAUCAUUCAUACUGAUUCUUAUUUGUAGGUAGGUAUACACCCAAAUAAUGUGAUUGUCAAGAAUUCAACUACUUAGCCUUCUUUCCGAGUACAUUCAUUGUCAUUUGUGUCACUAAAAAUGAGUCAACGGUACAACAGUACAUGAUGGUGACUUGAUAACUAUAUAAAAUCUAUGUUAUUUCGUAUUUCUUAUUUGUACAGAUAGCUACUGAAACACAUCACUGUAACGUGGGCUUCCUGUUUUAUGAUUCUUUUCUUUUUUCUAUUAUUAUUAAGCCGUUCAUCUUUUUUGUUUUCUGUGAUAAAAAGCAGACAUCAUAAGUAAUUUCCCUCUAUCUUAAUAAUUAUUAUACAUUUGACUCCCAACUGAUGGUUGAAAACUUUUGAGGCUUUGGAAUUUUAGACACUGUGUUAGUUACAUUCAAAGCCUUACUAAGUUUCAGUAGGCCGCCCUUUGCCGCUGCAAUCGGCGAAAAAAUUAAUUGAGACACUUCGUUCUGAAGGGACUCUCUAACUUUUUGCUAAGUUAAACUUAAAAAAGGGAAAAGAAAGAUUUUCUUCCCCCAUCCAGUGCUACCAGUGGGAAACAACAAACCCCAACUUUAAAUGGAGGGGGAGGGAGGAGAUGUGGAUUGUUGUGUUUUCCGAAGUUACCCCAUUUUAGGACUGUCUCCACGUGAUUUUGUCGCCAAUUGGAGAUAUUCGCGUGGUAGUGAAAACCAGUGGUAUGCUGAAGAGCAAGGGACACAAAGGGCCAAGCAUAAUUCUCACUUCUACGAAAAUCAAGGUUGACCUGCGUGUAGUGACCAAAGUCUAUUCAGAAACAGUUUGUCGUGCAUUGAUCAUGACCAAUAAUAGACAUAGGCAAAAGGAAAAGAGAGAAGUCAUUCUAUCGUCAGUUCAGGAGAUAUUUCCAAAGCUUUGAUUGUAUUACAAAGAACGGACUCGAACCAUCGAGUAUUCCUGCUCCCAAAUGUUUCUUGCAGGGCCUUGCGGACGUCCCGCAGAUAUCCCUCAUGCGAAGUUCCAUGGCAGUAGCUUUGGCUAUAAAGACAAGUUAAGAUACAGCUGUAAAAAGCGAUACAAGUUGAGCGGUCCGAGAAAGAGAACAUGUCGCGAGAAUGGAAAAUGGUCCAGACCUCCUACCUGUUCACGUAAGGUUUUUUUUAGCAUUAUACAGUACAAAGGUAAAUUUCACGUUCUGAGGCGUGCCCGACAAGGUGCCGGCUUUGGUAGCGUUUCCAGUAUCCUAGGAAAAAGGAAGCAUUUCUGCUUAAAGGGACUUGACGUUGCAAAUGUCAUCUAUGUCUUUAUAAUCCCGUAACCAUUUGAAGCUCUUAUUACCAACUGAAACGUUGCGAUGUUGUGAACGAUGGGAAAGACAGCUCAGGCCAGUUCGUUUUUUGACUUUUCGUGUUUUAUUGAUUUUCUAAAGGUUUUUGUGUUAAUUUGUCCUUAGCGAAAAAUCAACAAAUAUAGCGUGGAUAGCGAUACCAUUUACAUGCGUUAGUUGGACAUAAUUGUUUUGUAAGGAAGAUCUGUGUCACUUAAGUUGUUUUAAACUUUUGUAGCAAUGCAGUGCACGAAUCCUGGAAAUAUUACCAUUCGAAAUGGAAGCGUGAUGACAUCGGACCCGCAAUACCGCUAUGGGACUGAAUUGGUGUUUGAGUGCAAUGAAGGCUUUCAGCUGAGGGGCAAGGACGUAAUCACCUGCAAGGAAUUUGGAUGGGAUUCUCGAAGAUUACCUUACUGCAAAGGUAACUGAAGCUUCAGCGGGGAAAAUGACGGAUAUUCAGAUAGAGAAAGUGGGUUUAAAAGCGAUGUAGCGAUGUGCCACCGGCUUUUAAACAAUUCGCUGUGCUAUUGUCACUUACAAAAAUCACUACCUAGCUGGAAACAGAGGAGGUGAUAUCAUACAGAAAUACAAUCACAGGGCAAAACAGUUGUGGGUGGUGACGGUGAACUACUCGCUGUUCGUUACGGCUAUAAGCUACUUUGCGGGCAAGGAUUAAUUACGGCAUAUACCCAAAGUGUUUUUAAUAAAUUAAACUUGAAUAAAAUUACGGCAAAAGUAAAAAUAGUUUAGGGUUAGGCAUUAAUUCCAAUCCAAUUGAAGUUUUCGCUUGUUCGCUUCCAAAUACUAUAAGUCAAAGAGGACCCCAUGAUUUAAACAGGGUGUACAAACCUUCCAAUUCAGGUUUGCUUGAAGCUCUCUGUUCUACUCUUUUGCAUAACCUUUCCAGAAAAACAAUGUCCUGAUCCAGGUAGACCUAAUAAUGGAGACCGUUUUGGAGACUUUACUGUCGGAAGCAGUGUCCGAUUUUCCUGCCAGUACGGAUUUGUAUUGCAUGGUUCCAGAGAGAGAACGUGCACGGAAAAUUUGGAAUGGAACGGGUCUUUGACAACUUGCCAGGAUGGAAGUAAGUGUGAACAAAUAGUGAAUUUAUAGUUCUUUCAUUUCCAUAGUCAAACGAUGUGUUUUUCUUUUGGAAAUUUGAUAAUUCGGUUAAUGUACAAAGACAAGUUCAAGCGAGAAAAUAAUGAUAAUAAUAAAACUGGGAGAACGACUACUUUUUGUGAGUUUAAGUGAGCAAAAUAACAGUCUUGGCUAGAAAUUGCUAAGAAAUUAAAAGGAGCAUACAAGCUUAAAGGAAUGGAACAAGACAUUUAAAUUUGUUUGUGCCUAUAUAUCAGUCCUCAAAUAUAAAAUUAGAUUCAUGUCUACAGCUGACACAACAGGCAGUAAAUGUUUGGAAAAAUAAUUUGCAUCAUUGUUGUUGUUGUUGUUGUUUUCUCACUUCCUAUUCCCAUGUUGCAGAUACCGACUGUCUAAUUCUUGGAAAACCCAUAAGCGGGCGGAAAUACGGCAGUGAAUAUAACCAUGGAGACAUUGUGACAUUUGAAUGUGACCAAGGGUUCGUACUAAAAGGUUCAGCGGUUAGAAGAUGUAUGGAGAAUGGCACGUGGAACGGGACAGAGGCAAUAUGCAUAGGUAAACUGUAUGGUGCUACGUGUCUAAUUGCCUUUUUCUUGAAUCUCAAUAACUCUUUCCCUAAUCACAGUUGUUUAGAGUCUCCAGAUCAGUUUGACUAUACCAGGCUAGAAACUCAAACUUUUGUAACGACAUGUUUCAGGCUAUAAUUUUAUCGGCGUCAAAAUCAGUUGAGUGGGGUCUUCCUGACCUAUAAAAUAAUCCAAAGUGAUGCCGGAAAAUCGGUAAAACUUUCACUUCCCUUGUGUUCGCUAAUGGCCACAUCCCACAAGGAAAUAAACUAACAACUCUGUUGUUCUCGAUUCUUGUCAAGAAAUGACCGAAAUGUAAGAAAGUUAAACAAUUAAGUGUUUGCCUGUUAUUGAUACAGACACAAAUUUGCGUGCCUAAGUGUUGUGCUGAAAACCACAAAAAUUGUGUCUGUCUUAAUGGACCCUUCCACGGAAUUUUUUUUUUCAACUCUUGAUAUGGAUAAGUUAGGAAAUAAUCCGUUAACAGUAAAAUUGUCAAAACUUGAAAGUGAUUUGUUGAAAGUCAAAGAAGAUAUUGCUCCUUAAAGUCGCGAAAAAUUGCAGACGUUUAUAUACGUGAAGGGCACAAACAUGCUCCCCCCCCUACUUAUCUUAAUAAUAAUACUUAUAUAGCGCCGAUAUAAAUAUUGCUAUUUUCAUGAGCGCUUAAAAAUAAAUAAAUAAAAAAAUGCUACAUAAAGUAUACGAUGGAUAAAGUGCACGAAACUACCAAAAAGAGUUAAAAAAAAUUAUGUAAACACUAAAACUAUAAAAAUUACCUAGGUUACUUAAAUCGUAAAAAACUGCAUAAAACUACUAAAAACGAGAUUAAAAAGCACAAACGAUCACAAAAAAGCUUUCUGAAACUUUCAAAUUUGGCAGUUUUAGUAAUUUUAAGGCGCUCUUUUCAGUGGUGUUGACGGAUUUUCCCCAAGUGGUCCAAAUCAAAAGUUCAAGAAAGGGUGGAAAGGUCUUUUACUGCGGCUUAAACGUUAGGCUUGCCUUGUUGUGCUACUUUUAAAUUAAUAAUUACUUCACCUUUCAAUCAUUUUUUGUAGAUGAAUUCGAAGACAGCUUUCAAAACGUUAACGAGACUGCUUUCAUUCUUCGUAAAAAUAUGAUUGACAACUUUAAAGGAUAUGCCUGUAACCAUGACAACGAGACUGGCUGUAACAGAACCAAUUCUCAAAGCAUGGAUACCCGAGGAAGAGCCAUUCUCUUAGACACAGACAGUGGACUGGAUCUAGUGUUUGUAAUUGAUGCUUCUAGUAGUGUAACAAGAGACGGAUUCAAUUUAAGUUUGAGUUUUGCCCAAGAAUUUAUCAAGACCAUUGGGCUAAGUAGAAGGUAUGACAAAGUUUUUAAUUGUUAACAAAAACUGUCUUACAUUUUCAAAUACGCGGCAUUGCCCCCCAGUUGUUUAACCCCUUACUAUAAGUUUAAUAAAACUCUGAUAAUGUCUAACAUCGCACGAUGGAAGUCAGUAGGAAGCAAAUGUUUGUUCGUUUUUUCUGUUGUGCUGUUGUUGUUGUUUCUUUUAUCUUCACUGAUGACGUAAUAUGUAAAAGGCAAAAGCAUCAAUACAAAAAACUUCCAAACCUAAAUUACAGGGGGACCUCGAUAUAAGGGACUGGUAAAAUAUGUUCGCUAUAAAAAGGUUUCGUUAUAUCAAAGCUCUUUUCCGUUUAUUUUACUAUUCCUGGGGUAAAGAAAGAAAUCGUUAGACCGAGGAUUUCGUUACAUAGAGGUCCGUUAUAUAGAAGUUCCACUGUGACAUUAUCUUAAAUGCACCACUGAGAGGCCAGUGCAUUGAACCCCUGCCAUAUAGCAAUGUCUCAUCUUCGCAAAAUUUAGUUUUUAACUCAGUGUAAGAUAGGUACAUUCAGUAAGUAUUAACCUUAUUCAGAAUGGGGGGCUUUUGAGCUCUCCCUUCACCCUUGUUCAAACGUUAAAAACCGUCCAAGCUAUGACAGCUAAACGUGGCGACUUUCCCUAAAAUUUGUCUGUGAACAUUUUACAGUCGUCUUGACAAGUUCGUCAACAUUGAUUUGAAGCCAUAAUGACGUCAAACUACGUCAUGUGUUUGCGUGUAAAUCGUGCUAUUAAAAAGCAUUCAUUCAGCUAGUAUCAUUAAAUUUUACCUUUUUUCAGGAGAGACGGUACUCGGAUAGCUCUUGUAACAUUUGGAACGGAAGCUGUGCUUGAAUUUAACUUGGGAGAUGCUAAAGUAGCCACACUAGAGCGGGCGAUUGAAGAAAUUGGAAAAGUGAAGUACGCAGGAGGGGCUACUGCUUCAGCCAAGGCGUUAAAGUUGGUCAGGACGGUAGUUGCACCAAAUGCUCGUAAAGGCAGCAAACGAGCUAUGAUUUUUAUUACUGACGGAAAGUCCAACAUCGGGGGACCCCCGGAAAGGGAAGCCAAAAUUCUUAAAGAAAAUGAACAAUUUGAUUUUGAAAUCUACGCUGUAGGUAAGCUGUGAGGACCGUUUUACCAUAGGUACUGUGUUUGCCACCAACGCUAUUUUCUUAUUUUACCAGGCUGAAUUCCUUUCCAAAUGAAAUUAACAUUUUGAGAUAUAUUCUUUUUCUUUCUAUUCAGCUCGAAAAUAGCUUUGACAAUAACGUAUAUUAUCAUUCGAUCUCAAAAUAUCGUGAUUUGUGAGUGUCUCGCAGAUCAAUAAUAAUCAAUAAUUGAUCUGCUUGCCACUGACAAAUGACGAUAUUUUGCUCAACCUCGUCCAAUAAUUGCCAAUUGUACCACUCCUGUUAAAAUGUUUUAUCGCUUAGUACUUACUAUGAUGGUGAUGAUUACUACGAUGACCUUGAGGACGACGACAAUCACGACAGCGAUGAUGAUAAUGGUGAUGAUGCUGAUAAUGAUGCCAAUGCAAAAUCCUGACGUGGUCGAUCCUAAAGAAAGCUUAAAAUACGCAUCAAACCGGUGUUUACCCCCACCGUGGUACAAGGGGAGGGGAGGGGGGGGGGGGUGGAUGGAACCCCUCCCCAGAGUUUUUGAUAUGUUGCAGUAUUUCGAAAAGAUUUUGCUUUCAGUGGAAAGCCUUCUCAACAAGAUGAGGUCAUUUUAUGGGUGGUAAGGCUGCUGGAAGCCUGUGACAACACCAACAAUGGUCGUCAUCUUGGACGUCAUCUUAGAUUUUACCAAGAAUUAAAAAUCAGGUUAAAACCGCGAGAAAUAGUAAUUUUGUGUGCUUUACACAUGAAUAAGCACUUUGCAUAAUUUUAGGCACAAGAUUUACUUUUAUUGUUAAGAGAAGUUGAAAGGAAAUCUAUUUUCACUCAAAAAUGGCUUGACCACCUGGUACUUAUGACGACAUAUCUCGUAACCAUAGAAACUGACCAUUACUGAACUUGUCUCAAAAUGCGUGCGAGGGAUAAACGAACACCUACUGAAAACGUCAGGUGCUGACGUUUUAUACUCUUGGAAAAAACUCAGAAUAAUCUCAAAGGUGGGGGGUGGCAACCACCCCCCCCCCCUUGUACGUUCCAGAGUUAACAUUCCAUUGUACUAUGUUUUUUCUUUCUUUAAGGGGUUGGGAAAAAAGUCAAUGAUCGCGAGCUUACAAAAAUCGCCUCAGCUACUAACGAAGACAAUCAUGUGAUAAAAGUCAGAAAGCUUGCCACUCUCCAGGCCGCUAUAAAGAAAGCUGUUGACAUGAGAAUUGGUAAGAAGUUUUGAAAACCAACCUACCCUUUGUAAAGGAUUUGCUUCAAAAGUGUACGACAACUUACCCUCUUUUGUAGCGCAGUCGUUGUGUAAGCUUGUAGUCUUAUUUCUUUGAUAAUAAGAUAGAAUAAAAACUCUCGACUAAAAACCUGGAUUUAGCCUAUUAAACAGGUUCUUAGAUAAAUGGUAAUUAGCACAAAUUUAGGCUAUGUAGGUUCUCAAAUAGAUUCUUAUUUUGCGAAGAAAAGAUGCAUUUUCGCUAACACUGAGUAUCUAUAACCAUAUUCAGCUUAUUCCUUCCAAUGUAGUUUAGUAAUAACAUUUAUGUUACCAAAGAGGAGCCUGAAUGUAUACUUGAUUUAUUUGCCGAAGUGUACAGAAUUUUUUUUUGAUAGAUUUUUGAAAAUUAGGACUUGUUUCGAAUUUUAUGCUUAACAGGUUCCUGUAAAGAGAAGGCCUAACUGACAAAUUUCAGCCUAACAGCUUCUUAUAAUCCAGAUUCUUAGUCGCUGGGAUUUUACUGUAUUCCAAUCUGUUUUAGAUAUUAUCAUUUAUUUAUUCUAAUUAUAAACGAAAUUGUUUAGCUCCUGGUGGAUGUUGUACCGACAUUACACCAAGGGAGCGAGUCAUAGCCAAUGGCCAAAGGUCCCUUGGGUUAAUUAUCCUCAUUCACCUUUCCAGUACCUUCCUUAAGAUCCUUGCUGUUCCUAACAACCCGUAUUAAUGGCAAUCUCCAGCUUGUCAAGCCAUGUAUCCAGCCUUUUGCUUUCUGUUCAAGCCACACUUACAGCUGUGCUUCCAUUGGGCCAGCCUGGCAAUGGUGUCAUGUCUUCUCUUUCUACGCCAAACUCUUACACUCACCUAUUAUAUGAUUUAUUGUUUCACCCUUUUGGCCACACAAACUACAAAGCGGGGAGUCCACGGACUUGUCCCUGUUGAACUUAGCUUAGCUUGUUUUCAGUGCCUGUUCUUGGGCUGCAAAAAUCAGUGUUGCAGUUUCAACUUUCAAGUCACCUUUCCUAGUCCACUCCCAGGUCUUAUCUUUGUCAACUGUCUCAGGCAUUUUCCGUGUAAACUGACCAUGCAUUUUUUCUCUUUCCAUCUAUUCAAGGCGGCAUUUUGUCUGUCCUCUUUGAAUUCAUUCUUUUCCUUAGCUCCCUCACUGUUCAAAGUUUUCGUCUUUCUCUCACUUCUUCCAUCUAUCUCUCCUUCGAAAUCCAUACCAUGCCAGGUUAUUUUUUCAGUUUUCACACACAUUUAACAGCUAUUCGAGAGGCCCAAAUAGCAGUGUUUGAAGUUCUUGGCCGACUACACUUCAAUGCAUCAGUCAAUUCCAGCUGCGCCCAGUUAUAUGUUAUGAAUAGUUUUAUAAAAAUGCAAGGAUGUUUUUCAAAUAAUAUCAAUAGAAAUUUGAUUCAAUUACCAAAAAAUGUUAAUUCACGUCGAUAGCUCCCGAUUUCGCUAUGUAAUUCUCCCGGAUAAUUCUGGCUUGAUAAGCAAUGAAGAAAUGCAUGCAUAAGAUCAAGAACAUGCCUCUACAACCCUCUUCAAUUUUUUCCUGUCCUUGAAAGAUGAGCCAAUCUGCUUUCUUUCCCAGUAAAAUCCUCGGUGAAGUUAUAUUCUAAUAGGAAAGCGCGUUCAUGUCAAAAGCUCGGGAAUGGCCCUGGGGUUGGCAAAUGCCCGGCCCCCGGGCAGUACAAAAUUUGCAAAUGCCCCACCCCCGGGACUGACAAGGCGGGCAAAUGCCCCACAGUAGCCCGGGGGAGGCUGGGGCGCAGCUGGAAUUGACUGAUGCAUAACGCAGCAGCAUUUUGUGCCUGGUACGAAGCGCGAGCAACAGGCCGCCAUCUUCAAAAGAGAUAGAAGACCCACCGAGUGGCAAGAACAGUUUAGUAUUAAAGACGAGGAAAGUCUGAAGAAAGUUUUACCCUGUCCUAAGGUUUUUCUUCCGUUUUCCCGUCGAAUGCUUUUCAAGACUUCCACAAAUACGCCACGAUAUUCUUAACGCAAUAACCCUUCGUUUUGAGAUUCGCUUUUUUUUUACAAAUCACGUGAUUUUGCAUACCUUUGUGAUUUUGUUACCAACUUUGGUUACGCUGUAACGCAAGUCCUCCUUGCGUGAUCAACAUGAAUAUAUUAUCUCAUGUGUGGAAGUUGGUAAAGUUCAGGACAGAAAAAAUUGAGGUUCCUUGGCUAGUUUUAUUUUUUUAUAAUGAAAUGUCAAUCAAGAACAGUUUUGUCCAGUGUCCUAUUGUUUUUGUGUGUGACCUGUGAGCUGACCUUUGGCCUGUGACCUGUAACCCUACCUGUGACCUGUGACCUGCACUUUAGCCCUGCCGGAUUUUACACGGUCACCAGCCUGUUAAAGAUAACUUGGUUAACAAUAAUCAGCAAAAGUAAGUGUUUUUAAAUUUAUCCUCGAUUAUGAGAGCUCGGCGUCUACAAAGAGUAUACUUCCGUUUUGAAAUCAGAACGCUUCGAGCAGCCAAAGAUGAAAGACACUUGCUGAGUCGCUUAACGACUGUUCAUCAUUGUCUAUUCCUGAGACCCCAUCAUAGCUCUUUGAUUCAUAGCAUUAUUCAUGGAGAAAUUUUUGAGAUUUAAAACCCGAAAAAAAAGGAGGCAAUUUGUUUUCUUUCGACACUACCAUCGAUGGUUGAGUGGAGCCACAGUUGUUGUUAUGUCGGAAACUGCCAGUAUUAAUAUAAUAUCUCAGUGCUCUUUCUUAGUGCUGGGGUUUUCAUUAUUUCGUUUGAAUAUUGCAAGAGAGAGUCAUCGUCGCUCUUCUUCGUCGGCUUCAUCGUAGUCGUUGACGAAAUGUGAACCUCUACGGCCUGUGACAUUGGCGAUAUAUUCUGAAGUUAAAAUCUUUGCUUUCUUCAGCUUGCUGACUGUUUUUUAUCUUGCACUAUGGCUCGCAAACGUUUUUUCUCACUUUCUUCAAGGCUAGUACCAGCUACGGAUAAUUUCAUUAUGUUAGUUAUGAUAAUUUCGCCCAUUGGUUUAGUUUGAACUAGAUGUUUAAAUUUUCGGUUUCCUUUGCUACUGAGGUAGAAAGAAACAGACCAUCGCGUGGAUGUUUUAAUAGAGGUCUUCGCACGACAACGGACACCUCUCUCCUCCAACAAAUAACGUACGUGACUUGAAAUCCCUGUUGUUAUCAUGGAAAACUUGUAUCCUUGUUCGUUUCAGUGCCUGAAAAAAGUAGCUGUCAUGGCUUGCGUGUGGUUGCCACGGUUUUUGUUGUUUAUUUUUCACUUUAGCGUAGUCUGUUACAAGUAGCUUAUUUAGUUUCUCUGGCUCAUUUUCUCGAUUUUGUUGACUGUAUUUUUCUCUUAGCUCCGAACUUUCAAUACAUUUAGCCAGAAAAAACGUACUUAUUACUGUGUUCGGGUUUUUGGAAUAUAUCUUUUUUUAUUUCUCUAUUGUUGUUUUGCUUACAAAAUAUCGUUGUUUGCUGAAACCCUUGGUCAUUUUCUUAAAUUUGUUUUUAAAACAGGUCUAAUCUGAUUAGUUCUUGGUCGUUUCUUUUGUGUUUUCAGCCAAUCAGAGACCAUUUUGACUUUGCACUCGUGUUACAAGUUUGCACUCGCGUUACACAGUUUGCACUCGUGUUACAGAGGAACUGCACUCCUUUCUCAGUCAAUAAGAAUUCAAUAAUUUUUUCCUGUAUAUUAAUAAGGGUAUAAAGGAUUAUUUUUCCAAAAAGGCCUUCAGUUACUAAUAAUGCAUAUACCUUGAAUUGUCACGCUUUAAAUUACUUAAAAACUAAUUAAAUUACUUACUCAAAUCUCGGUUCCAGGUUGUGAAGAUGGUUCGAGAAAGUGUCUAGGGAAUUUGAAGUUUCAUCUAUUGAUAAUUUGCCCUUUCUGUUAACUGACUGUUUUCCUUUGCAUUUGAAAAAGAUUACUCUCCUUGUGGGGAGAGUCCCGUCGAUUUCAGGGCAAGGAUCGUUGGAGGCAGCAAAUCUAAAAGAGGAUGGUGGCCCUGGCAAGUUGGAAUCUACACAAUAAACGAUCAUGGUAACCUUUUUCUUUUGGUUUUGGAAUCGUGUUUAAGUAGUUCUCUUUAAUAAUUGCCUGAUGAUUUUAAGCCGUUGAUAAAUAAAGUUACUGUAUUGUGUUGCAUUAUAUUUGUUGUAUUCCAUUGUAUAAAUUAUUAUAAUUUAUUUGUUUUAGUAAGAUUCAUAGCGGGGCUUUACGCGCGCGCGAGCGUAACCCCAUAGCUAAGUAAAUCUAUCCAUCCUAGAAAAUUCGGUAAUCACGUGACCGUACACCGAUCGACCACCGACCAUCCGUCCGUCCGCACUACAGGAAAACCAAUGUUUAUCUCACGCUUUCUAGCUAAUUUGGGAGCCCAGGAGCAACCUGAUAUUGCACAUCCAGGUGACAGAUGUUGUAAGCGCCAGGAAUGUUUUCCGUUACCUUUAUAGUAUUUUUAUGUUCGCCGCGUUUUUAGUUAUUUUCGUGUUCGCGCCUUUAGUGCUGUUUUUUGGUUUAUUAGUUUUUCAUUGUCCGCAUAGCUUUGUCCUUCGUGCGAAUUAAUGAGGGCGAAGGCAAACUAGCUCUUUUUAGAAUGAAAGACCAUUGUACUUACCCACCCCCUACGGCUCCUUCACAAUUCAUUUAUUCCCUUUUAAUUUUUUUUUUUUCAAUUUUCUCUCCACCACAUCGACCCACAUCAACAUAAUGAGAUUCCUGCGCCAAGAGAAAAAAAAAAAAACGAAGUAACCGGUGUCUCCUUUACUCUCCUGAACCAUUUCCGUGGAUGAAACAGAACUGAACCAAUAAAGUGAUGAAUAACCUGGGAACGCUGGAACUACACUUUAAUCACCUUUAUCGCCCUGAAAAGUUGAGAACUCUAUAGAAAAAAUAUUCCAACUCUAUCAAAAUUUAUGUUUUUGUAGGUUGGUUUAAACGCCCCAUGUCGCCCAUGCAAUGCUUUGCAUGAUUGUCAACUUGCUUAUAGAAACUCGUUAUAUUUUAAACCGCCUGGAUGAAGCUGAUAUGAAUACAAAGCUUAAGUUACAGUCUCAAUUUAAAAGGGCCGUUUUCAGUGACGGACAACAAUAUGUCACAAAAAGGUAAUUCAGUGAGAAUGCAUCUAAAAAGUUCUGUAAUUCUUCUCACUGAACAAUUAUUGUGCUAUAUAUGACAGUGGAGAAGAGUCCAAACCUGUAUGUUGUUUUUAUAAACGUCUAAACUCAGUUGUGAUUUACGUAGCUGUGGGCGUAUUAAUUUUUUUAAAUACAUUUUGUUUGAAUGUUUUUCUUCCAGGUGAAUUUCAGCUUAUUUGUGGUGGCGCCUUAAUCUCCAGUCAAUGGGUGUUGACUGCCGGCCACUGUUUUUAUUACAAGAAUCCCCGUACGAAUAGGUUCACCAGGAAUGAUAAUGCAAACUCGUAAGCCAUUUUAUUGUUGUUCAAAGAGAAUAUUUAUAAUAUAUUUGGUACCAGUUUACUUUCUGGGCAUUUUAACCCAAUUCAGUGAACCGGGCUGUUUUGGGCAUUCUUUCUCUCACAUUUGGAAUGGGGGCUUUGCAGAAUCUCCUAAAGCGCUUAUAAUACGGCCGCCAAAGUUACACACGAUAGUAUGUACUAAUUAAUUGAAACAUCUUCUUUAAGGUAUAACUCCAUUGUCAAAAGGACGUAAUGUCCCAAGUAACUUCGUUAAUAAGCAGUAUAUUUUAUCCUGAAGCAUUCCUCAGGGAACAAUCUUGGGGCCUUUGCUGUUCCUUUUUUUACAUUAACGACCUCCCAAAUUUUCUGUCCCAUAGUCAGCCUCAUUUGUAUGAGGAUGGCACUCAUCUAACCUUUGCUUCUGAUAAUAUCGAUUAUAUUGGCGUUUAUUUAAAUCAAGAUCUGAUUCAUUGAUAUCAGUUAUUGGCUGACUCUGAAUACAGCCUAAACAGAGUUUAUGCUGAUAGGCUCCAGGAAAAGGUUUAAGAUUCUCAAGACUGCUAUAUCUCUAAUAAUUAAUGGUGCUUCUAUAGCCCGCGAGCAAGCUCUCCUAUUUAGGCGCGCGAAGCGAGCCUCGCCAGAACGCUCGAGCGAGGGGCCGAGGAUAGGACAGCUUGCAACGAUCUCUCAUAAAUUUGCAUUUCCACCCCGGAAACCCCGGAACACCGCAAAGCGUGAAAGCGGUCACCGCAAACGUCCCGCCGAUUAGAAAAGUAACAACCAUCAGUCAAGUUUAGACAGCCCAGGGCGCGUAGCAUUAUUUAUUUAUAAAUCGCUUUGAGCAACAGCAUCAAAACAAUGUUUUUAAUCGCUGAUAUGCUUUUUUUCCAAGGGGACAUCGAACUUCAACGUGUCCGCUCGAAUGAGAACUCAAUACUUUGAUUCUCGUUUCGUUUACUUUUGAAAAGUCGUCCAUACUGCAGUGUAGAAGACUACUCCCCGUCGCAAUCACCAACAAAAACAUAAUAUUUUUGUCUCGUUCCGGAACUGGGGAAUAGCGUUUUCCUUGACUUGGUUCUCUUUUAAAAGUUGUACUGCACUUGCUACAUACUCUUUCUCUUGUCCUUCUUUACGGUCAAGCUACACAGCUACAUUGUCAAGUACAUGUUUCUGAAUUUUUCCACCCAGUGGAAUUCAAUCGGGUGAAGAAACCGACGUUGGAAGGCAGCGCUUGAACCGGGCGCUUGAAUCUCUAUUCACUUUCACUCUUGUCGUUUUCAGAACUAAACAAGGCGCUCGACACGAACGAAUACAACUGAUGAAGGGUUUUCAUUUUCCUUCCACAAGAACUAUAAACUCGGUCCGACUUAUCCUUCGCUCGCAAUAUUCUCUUUGCGAGAACUAAAUCAAACGAGCCCCCUCGUCUGCUUUCUGGGCUUAACCAAGUUUUCGGUACCAAUCUGAUCCCCCUGAGAACCCAACUUGUCACACAGACGAAGGGGGUUGCCAGCUUGGCCUGUUAUCAAUCAACUUUGUUUUCCGGAACGUCAUUUUUCAGCCAAUUGUAUUUCCCUUCGUCUGGGCGAAGUACAAAUGAAAUUUUAUGAGAGAUCGUUGCAAGCCCUCCUUUCCUCUGCCCCUCACGGCUUCGCCGCUCGCUCGCGCCUUCUCGUGAGACUCGCUUCGCUCGCCCAAAUAGGAGAGCUUGCUUGCAGGCUAGUGCUUCUAUUAAACAUUAUAAAAUUGUGUGAAUGCUACGCACGCUGUGAUUGGUCGUUGUCCAUGAGUUGUUAGAGUACAGAUACAUGGAUGACGUCACGGGAAACUUGUUUUCUUUGUUUUGCUCAACAUGGCGCACGGUUUUACACAUUGUUGUGAGAUUAUUCCGAAUCGAGCAAGUAAAAGCCUCGAAAACAGUUCAGAAAGAGCCAUUUACAUAAAAGAAAGAUGGUUAAACGGAGACAAAAAGAGUUCUUGACAACUUGAGAAUGCCUUAACUGCCGGAAAAUUUCACAACAGCUGAUCUUGUGUCAUCGCCACAAGAGAGUCGCUGUUUUGAAAAAUGUUUUGGCCAUUAUUCUGUUUUGAGCAAGUGAAGACGUCGAAAAAAGUUUUGGGAAAACUUAAGAAGCAAGGACUCAAAAAGUAGCGUUUGGGACUCUUAAAAAAAUGCUUACAGUCAAAGCAGGUCAAGCGUUCCACCUCGUUCCCGUCGCUAACGAACUAAUGAAUUCAUUAAUGGCAAAAUUAUUUCGUUAGUUGAUUAAAUUAUCCCUUUACAAAAUGAUCAAUCCAAUACUCAUAUUCAGCCUCGAUUCAAUAAUCGACUGUUGAUUCGAUUACUGUUAUUUUUUUUCAAAAACUACACUUUCCACAAGUCGACCUCAGAAUUUUUUUUUCUUUUUUUUCUAAGAGUCGAGUGCGGGCGAGUUCUGACGUUCAAACCCAAGGAAACUCUUACAUGUACCCUAUUUUUCUGCCAGUAAUCAGUGCAACAGACCUCUUAGAAAACACGGUGGUCAAACCAUGUGAUCUUGGAUCACAUCAUGAUCAGUAUCACAUCAAUUUCAAAAUCUACUAAGUCGACACACUUUUGUAAAUGAAGCAAGUCUUGUUCUUAUUUCCAUGGUUGAAUAAUAUAUCACCAAGUAGAAAAAACGAAAACGAAAACUCCAUACAUACAUUUCUAAGUAAUAACAUAAAAGGAGUACCUGAUUCUACAGGGAUGACGAUUGCAAACAUGUUAUGUAUGUCCUGAGACAUCCAUAAAGUUAAUAACAUCUCUUCCAAGGACACGUCUGUUUUCACCGUGGUACUCAGGGUACUGACAAGUCAGCUUACGUCUCAAAGAUUCCCAGUAAGUGGCGAUCCCUGGCACAAAUCCACACUUUCUCCACAUUUUUCCGGGGCAUAUUGAGCAGCCAGCCCAACCAAGGCCAGCCCUUGCAAGAGACAGGGAGUUUGUAACAAUUAUCGGGAGGGAAGGGGUGGAGGGGGCUGCUAAAGAAAACAGACGAGGGGUUUUAAGUAGAAAUAAUACCAGGAUAGGGGUGCUCAAAUUAAAAUUACUCUUAUUACAGGGGGGGACCCUAACUUUCAUUAAAUGUCAUGUGCCUUUGCAUUAAAUUGUAAAGACAAUUCCACAUGCAUUGGAAAACAGGAAAAUUAAUGAGCUGUCAAUUGCUCAAUGUUGUUGGAAAAUGUGAAGUUUAUAUUAGAAAAAAAUAUAUCAUCUCAUUUUAGACACGUUACCACAUCUUUUAGUCCCUGCAAAAGAACUGAUUUGUGUUAUAAAUUUUCUAUAAUCCUUAGCUCUAUGAUAUAAUAUUGGCCUAAAAUAAAUCAGCCCUUUGCGUUAGUGCCAGCCCUGCAUUCAGUUUGUUUCCUUAGCUAGUAUCCACAACGCCAAAUUCACCUAAAAACAUAAUUUGCAGCAACAUCUCCUAAACCAUUGUAAUUGGAUAAUGUCCUAAAAAAAACAGUUGUAAGUUCAUUCGUCCUCAGGUGCCGAAGUCCCAGACAAUCUCCUGGGCUUCCCUGGCAAAACAGCUUGCCCUGCAAAGGUCGACCAAGCGUGCCUUGUCUGUCUUUGAGGUAAAUAAAUGUAGGGUUUUACACAAUCAAAUGUCCGGCUCCAAGUCCUCAGUAAGGGGUGGGGGGGUUGGCCCAGGCUCACAAGCUGCGAUCUUCCCAACUUAAAGACUUUGGUGGUGCGGUGUGAGGAGGGGGUAUUAAAAAUUAUCAAAAGAUUAAGAAGGGUGCUGAACUAAUUCUGCUUUGGGAAAGGAGGGCAGCACUACAUAAUAAUUUCUCCUUUUAAGCUCAUUUUUUCAGCCCCCUCCUGACAAUUUAUGCAAAGUCCCUAAGCUCGCGUUCUUCAAGUCCUUCUUUGGAAAAAUGACAGCUUAUCAAAUGAUUUUCAAUGCCAUCAUUACAAUCCUCCAAUCGAACUGCAUCACUUGCGCAGUUAGUGUUGAGGGAGAAAAACAAACAAGGUGGUCUUUUUGCAAGUAGUGCAAAAUUUAGUGGGCAUGUCACAAAAUGGAUAACCAAAACAUUGCUUUUUUAAAUUAAAAGAUUCGUUUUGUUUACUUAGAUUGCAUCCCCUCCUGUGACAAAACGCAACGUUUUGCUAAACAAAGAUCAGAAUUAAAAUGUAGAUAUUAGAGGAAAAUCUAUAAUCUUACGCUGUUCAUAGAAAACGUAUCAGAACCUCACCUUUUAAAAUCGAAAUUAUCAUUUUUGGCAAAUGUUCCUCCGGAAAAAUGCAACGUUAGCCUCCACCACUAGAGUCUGAUCAGCGGUUGUCUUGAAGAAGUAUACAUCAGGUGCCACAGUCUGCCACGGAUGGUUUUUAGAGUCCCUAAAUUCUUUGCAAGAAAAUAGUCUGGGUUAACUAAUUUGCUAACAUAUCUCAGGAAACUCACAGGAAAUCCCGUUGCUUUAUAACUUGCCGUUUAACAUCCAUGAUUUUGAAUGGAAGUAACGUCUUAUUGGUGAGGAAUCGAAGAGCGGAAUUCGAUAAAGAUCGUAAAUGACGCGGUCAGUGAAGUCUUUACACAAUGUACCUGGCAAGGUAAGCGUUCAAGAACGCCUUGAUCACCUCUAGAUGGCCUUUGAGGUUUUCUAUAUAGUUUUUGCUGCCUUCUUCGUUGUUUCAGACUUGUUUGCAACCGAUGGGACUGAAAAAAGUUAUUCCGACUAGUCUGUCAAAGUGGAGCUAAAAACUUAGAUAUUUUGAAAAUUUGACAAUUUCACAAAGCUAUAAUUAUUUCAGCAGCGAGAUACCGCAAAGUUUUCUUCUGUGGUGACAUUGUAUAGGUUUCCUUCUUUCCAAAUGAGCCAGUUUAAUUGAAAUAGCUCGUUGUACUUUUACAGAAAUAAAGUUUGUAUUUGACCUGUUUUCGCGUGCAUGAUCAAACGGUAUGGGGUUCGUUAAACUGUCAGUAUGGCCUUCUUUCGCCCUUAACCUUGAUAAAAGUCACUCGAAAGGACUUAGUUCAACCGGUUUUGGUGUUUGUUUAAUUUUAUAAAGGACUGGACAUUUUUCGUAACAUUGACCUCCAAUGUUACCUUAAAUUUGAGCCUCCAUAUGGAUCACCACGUGUGUUCGCAGGGGUGAUCAGAAAAUCUCUCAUAACUCGAUAAAUUUAAAAGAUCUCAUCAAGCGGAUUGUGGUUUUAGUAUAAGGACAUGAAAGUCUUUCAGUUUACAGCAGAAAAAAAGCAAAAUCUAUUUUUUGAGCCAGAUCGGCCACGCCGCUUUUAUGGAUAUUCUCUCUUAAUUAUUGAAUCGAGGUCCAAUUUAACUAUUGGAUUAUUCAUUUUAUGAAUGGAUUAUUGAAUCAACAACCCGAAUCAUUUUUCCAUUUAUGAAUUUAUCAGUCCACUAGCGACAGGAACGCUUGAUACGCUUUGACUGUUCGUGGCACAAAUCCUUGAACACUCAAGCGGUACGAGGCAGGUAUGUGUAUCGGUCUUUUCUGAUCAUUGUAUAAUGCAAAUAGAUUCCAUGUUGCCGUGGAUCUGUUCAGUGAUAGAUCACAGAGGACGUCAAAAUGUGGUAAAAGACAUCAGCGGCUCGUGUGCCACUUGUCUUUUUUUUACCACAUUUUGACGUCAUCUGUGAUCUAUCACUGAACAGACGCACGGCAACAUGGAAUGUGUCUGUUAAACAGUAAACACGUCCCGGAGUCCUGGCUAAUACGCAAGUUUCGUAUUUCCCGACGGCCCUGGGAAUUGCACGAUUGCGAGGCUAAUGCAGGUCAACUUAUUUUCAAAAUCAAAAACAAACAUAGGUAAUUUGCCGUGGAGUCGCUGGAAAACGAUAGAAAUCUUAAAGAUAGUAAUUAUAAGAUUUCAAAGCUCAAACUUUGCCAGUAAGCCAAAGGGAUAUCUGUUGUAAACAAAAAAAUUGUGGAAAAAGCUGAUCGUACUUAACAGAAGAAAGACAAAAGCGAGAAUCCAAAAGAAAGUGUAAACUUUUCAAGCUUGAAAAGGGUAAAGUUUGUUAAAAUGACAAUAUUUUAUUCCCUUUAAUUAUCUUACUUCUUGGUAUUCUAUUUUACUCUUGUGUAUAUCUGUAAAAUGGAGUUUAAACUGCUCAGUACAUCUUCUGUAUAAAAUUCUGUGUUCGAUGUGCGUACUUUUUUCUUUAUGUGACUAACUUAAUAUUUUGAUAAAUAAUGUAAGCUAAAUGUAAGCUUAUGUAUAAAUAAACUAAUACGGUUUUAUUCAUCUUCGUUUAAACCGAUUUAACUUCCUUACAGUGCAAGGAAUUGAUGCAGAAUCGUGUCUGCCUCGUCGGUUUAUUUUUUUUUCAAAUACAAAAGAUUUUGCAUUCGCUGCGUUAGAAAAAAUGUAUUAAAAAGAAGGUUUCAGUUUAACUUGCAAGCUUUCGACAAUUACCGGUACACUCCAGGGGAAGAUAUGGGUUAAAGAAGUUUUAACCAUCACUGAAAUAACAGUUAAAUGGCUUCAGGGCAUAACCUUGUUUAAGGAUUUUGAAAUCAUAUUCACAUUCUUAUUGAUCUCACUCACCGACCACUAUUUCAGUCAAUUUCUAGUCAUGCUCGUUGUUUUUCUUAGUGAUGACGAGCUGAUUUUCCUUUUGCUGUUUGAAACAAUGAUUUCUCUUUCCUGUAAGUAAGUUUUGAGACCUCUAAAACCUUUUAACGUUUCAUGUUUGUUUGUCUUCCUGGUGAGAAGUGACCCGCAUUAGCCUCGCUUUCGCGCAAAAACAAGCGCUCGUCCUAGGCCGCCCGGGAAUACGAAACUCGCCUAUUGACGAAGAUCUGUCUUGGAAUGAAUUGGAGAAGUUAUUGUUAUAUGAUUAAGAUCAAGAGUAGGAACAACGAGUCCUGGUAAGAAAACUUACCUGUUUGAGUGAAAAUAGCACAGCUUUUGCGAUAGUGCAUGCUUUGAAUUCGGCGUACAAGAAACUUUCCAUCUAUGACAGUCACACUUCGUGGGUUAGUUUGUUCUUUUUUUCCUUUUUGCUUGAAGAGAUAUCAGGGACUUGAAGCAAAGACCAAAAAAGAGAAUUCGCUGAUCAUCCCUGGCAGUUUCUGGAAGAUUUAUUUUUCCGACUCGGCUACAUACAUGACACCUGAGUGAAAAAUACAAGUAAAUACACAAAAUACGGUGGAUGGAAAAGAGGAUAAGGGAUAACAUCUUACCAAAUGGUGUGAACAAGGCUGUUAAACUCAAGCAAAACAUAAAAACUUUGCCAUGCAUGACUCUUUUUACACUUUUUUGUACAUUUUCGCGCCUCGGAGGAUCGCUGCAAGACUUCAGGAGAGUUCACCUGUGACAAAGUAAGCGACUUGGAAUAAUGUCGAUACAGAUUGAAGAACUGUUGUCAGUUCAAUUUUUAAGCGUCCUUUUUACCACUGUCGCUGUCGUUGUAUCCUAAAUCAUUCCGGUCAACGUUUAAGACGCUGCUGUAGUUCUUGCCAGAAGUCCCAGGUGCCAACUUGAGUUCAUAAAUAAACAGUAAAGUUAUAAACAUAACUCCAUUUUUUUUUCUGACGUUUUAUUGAUUGUGCGACAUUCAAUAGAAUCACAGCGUGCAGCCAAUACAACAAUUGCAUGAUGAUGUCAUUUUACUACAACUACCAGAAUCUGGUUGUUUUCUUGUUCAAAUUUAUUAGAAACAACUUUUAGUUGCAUACACAGUAUGUGGUCAAGUCCGGACGAAAAAGACGUAAAUGAGUAUUUCUUAUCUCAGAAGAAGAGUAGUACGUGAGCUGAAAUUUGUCCUGGACAGCUUCUGAGCUUUGCCGAAUAUCAUAGGAAAUGAUCGCUCCGUUUGAAGGCCCCUGGUCCAGCUAGUCGUUCCGCCUUGGUCCGUGCAAACUGUGCGCAAAUAGAAACGUUCUAAGCAACAUCUGAUCUAAAUUACUGUAUAUUUUCGAUAGGCAUCAUUUAAACUUCGAAACCAAAAUGAGAUUUCUCUGUAAAGAGCUGCAGUUUGGUCUCGUGAAGAAAACGUUUUCGCCUCUGUGCGGACAGCCUCUAUUAAGCGGACACUACAGCAUUAUACCAUUCAAAUGAGCAGUGGAAACGUUUAGAAUACUUCCAGAGACUGGCGAUUUUAUAGUGUAAAUCAAAGUUUAGAGAGAAAGAAAACUUUGUCGUCGCAUGUUUACGUCCCCAAGAAAAACUUCUCAUCAGGAAAUUUUAUGUCUUUUAGCCGUGCAGCAUCGACAAAGAAAUCAAACCGGAAAGCACGUGCAGAGUAAUGUUUUGCUUCUAUCAAGCUUGUUAAAACCCAAUGCUUGAACUUUUUGACUGUUCUAAAGCUCCCUAAUAAAACCAAUCGGACGGAUAUAAGCUUCCAAAAAUUAGCUUUCUUAACGUACUUCAUCGCUUAUGCCUGAGUUCAAAACAUGUCCAAGUAAUUGAAGGCGCCAUAAAAAAGACACAAAUAACAGAAUUAAAUUCACCUUCGUUCGCGUUACCUUGAUUUUCUCGCCUUCGCUAGCUUCAGGAAAACCUCGAAUCGAGCUUAAAAGGGCAAACGGAUCAAUAAACUCUCGAAAAAUUUUGUUUGUAUUGUAACCUUAUUUUCUUCCCGAAAAAUAACAUCACAAAAGUAAAACCUGCCAGACCAAGGACCACAUACUGUAUAUAACUAUAUAGCUAAUUCUUGUUCAUAAUGACCGAAACAAGGUCGAAAUUUGUUCUUUAGAAAUAGAAUUAAUCAUCCUCUCCGAAUAAGCAAACAAAUACCUUAAUGAUGUAAAAAGGGAAGAAUGGUAAUAAGAUACGACGUGAUCCUCAAAAAAUUGCGAAGUUCCUAGUGUUUUAAUCGCGCACUUCGUGAUGUUCUACAAAUAAUCAAUUUGACAUUCACGCUUGUCAGCAAGUAUAAAAGUGUAUUUACUGUAAUGUUGGAGUAUUUACCGGAUCAUAUAUUCUUUUUAAUAUUUGAAAAUAGAUACCAGUUGAAAGUAGGUGACCACAGCUUGAACAAGGACCCACCAGAGAAGUCAGAAAAGACAGUCACAUUGAAGAACAUAUAUGUUCACCAAGGCUUCAAAUACAAUCUGAUGGUAAACGACAUAGCACUGGUCAAAAUCGAACAAAAGGUGGAACUCAAUAAGUAUGUACGCACUGUGUGCCUACCAGAGAAAAAUGAAGGGGAUUUGGUCAUCCCUACGAAGUACGGUUACGUUGCCGGCUGGGGGGCUACGAAAGCCUUGAAACCAGGAAAAAGAGCGCCAGAUCAUCGCCGAUAUUCAAAUGUACUGAAGCACUCGGCUUAUGAAAUUCAACAAAAUCGAUUAUGUGGUAAAAGGUCUGCACUGCCAUUCAAUUCUACGGUAUCGUUUUGUGCUGGAGAUGGAAAAGGAGGAAAUGACACAUGUCACGGUGACAGUGGAGGAGCCUUCGUUCGUGAAGGAAAAAGGGGCGACAAGUACCCAUGGAUUGUAACUGGCCUUGUCAGCUGGGGGGAAGGCUGUGCACAAAAGAAUCAGUACGGAUACUACACCAGAGUUUAUCCGUUCAUUGACUGGAUCAAGAAAGUUGAGGCUGAAAACACAGAUCCGGAUGAAGGAGAAGCCUAGUCAAACGCAGACCAACAAAAAAGAGAAACCUGUUUAUCGACAUACAUUUUUGCCAUAAAAUAAUAGUUUCCUGCUAAACGUUGGUAUUCACAAUAAGGCCCUUUGUGUAAGAUUGUGAUCUUCUGUAGUGAAUCAGCUAGCUUAAAUAAAGACAUUUUUGCUUGUUUUAUUGGGAUUAAUUUAUUUUUCUUCUACCGGAGCUGAGAAAAGCACCAUCAGAUUUUAAGUGUUUGCUGACAUCAGAAACUUAGCACAGAUUUUAGUUUUUACCUUGUUUGCUUGUAAUACUAUCUGAAAUGAAGUAAUAAAGUAUUUACAAAACGCCAAAAACAAAAAAAAGAGAGAGAAACAACAGAGGAAGAAGAGUAAUAAACUUAGCA